AUGAACGAUGACGUUUACACACAGAUGGACAACAGGAACGACGAUACAUGGAUGAACGACACAGAUGGCAUGGUGUAUGUUGACGAGGACCUGAGGUUCCAGAAUGGAGAGAACAAUUUGAAGGUUGAUCUGUUUGUUGGUGUAGCACAAUGUGGCAAGAAAUUCCUUGACAAGGCAGCAAUUGAUACAUCAUUUAUGGCUGCUCCUUGGUGGUCUCAGACAAGUGUAGACUUGUCAGGGUCAACCUAUACUCAGAGGCUUCGCACUUCCAGCAAAAGACUGUGGUCUCCUGAAACCCCAAUUCCUCACACAUUCUCUACCUCACUGAAAUUCAUUCAGGUGAAGAUAGCUGCCUAUCCUAGUGUUCUGAAUAUUCAGCUGAUCAUCCCAUUCCCUGACAGUCUGUUCGAGGUUAGAGGGGUUUGUAAACAGAUGCAAGGGAUGUAUGCCCGAUGUCGUGUAACAUCCCUAGAUGUCCCAUUCAUCACACCUCAAGCAUUUGUAAAGCUUAUUGUGAGGGUGCUACUCACGCUCGUUUUUUUCAGCCUCGCUUGGUGGCAAAUGGACCAUGCUAAACAAGUGUCCUCAGCACCUCGCCUAUCCAUGGAGCUGUUUGAAGAAGUGUUGAAGCACAAGGACACCCUUUCCUUGCGAGGUUUUGGACACACGGCCAGCGGACUACAUGAUCGCCACUUCGAGCCUCGUAGUCAAUCAUUGAGAAUGUUCGUCAAGUGGAGGAGAGGGACGGUGCAAAGCACCACAUGGAAUUUUGUUGCAAUACAAAGUGGGUCAGAUAUUGUUACAGCAUGCAAAAAGUACUGA